GACAGCAGUCUGAUGCGUCUGGGUGUAGAGACUUUAGGGGACCGCGUCCGCCUCAAAGAAAAUUGCAAACAGUUCGCUGAUGGAGAAAGGCGAACAAAUGUGGCUUCCACGAGCUCUGUCGGCCCUUCUCAAGCUCAGCAGUUGAUCGAGGAAAGAAGGAGGCUUUUUCAGCCGUACAGCAGCCGCCGUGAAAAAGGUUCUGGAACCUCAAAGUCUGCUAAGAGGAAAAAUCCAUCCCGACGCACAUGGACAGGUCAAUUUGUGUGUUUAGCAGAUCGACAAGCAUGCAGAGUGCCGUCUUCCUCGGAAAAACAGAUCUUGUAGCAGGCUGGCCUUUGGCCAAAAAAAGAUCAAAUUUUUGUCGAUGAAAACGAGGAGGAAGUGGUGGAGAAGCUUACUAGUGAUAUGCCAGGCGACGAUGGCCAUCCAAUCGGCUUCCCUCAGCUAAAAGAAGGCAAGGGCUUUGAAAUUAUGAGUUGUGUAACAAAUUCUCGUGAUUUGGCAGUCAUAAAAUCGUCCUGGUCUGUAGAAGGGUUGAAGUCUCUUUUCACGCCUCAAACAAAGAUUUAUCUCCGGCCUAUUCAGAAGAGCCUGCGUGUGAAAGGAGGGCAAGAAAACAGGCUGACAUGCAAGUUGAAAGAGAAGUGUAUGUGGUGUUCUAAGGAGAUCCCUCUAAACGAGCUUCGAUCGCACUUAGUGACUUGUAACUGUAAUGUGUUUGAUGACAACAUUGAAGAUGAGGUCAUGGUGUUAUCUGACGAGUCAAGAAAUGAUUUGAAAGAUUAUAUGGCUAAUGCACUGUCAAGUACCACAGUUUCAACAAAGGAGGUGGAGUCUAUUGGUCAAGGUGGCAGUGCCUAUCCAUCUCCCAGUGUGCCACUGGUGGCAUCAGACAGUGACAGUAGCCCCAUGCUGACCUUCCCUUCUUCAUGUGGCAAUGCCAACCAAGCUGAAGCUGGUUGCUCUUCCUCUCAAGGCACUUCUACCGUAUCCGAAACCCACUUCAUUGGCAGUCAGACAGAGUCGAGUGACAGUAGCCCCAUGCUGACCUUCCCUUCUUCAUCUGGCAAUGGCAACCAAGCUGAAGCUGGUCCCUCUUCCUCUCAAGGCAUUUCUACCAUAUCUGAGACCCACUUCAUUGGCAAUUAGACAGAGUCCAGUGACAGUAGCCCCAUGUUGACCUUCCCUUCUUCAUCUGGCAAUGGCAACCAAGCUGAAGCUGGUCCCUCUUCCUCUCAAGGCAUUUCUACCAUAUCUGAAACCCACUUCAUUGGCAGUCAGACAGAGUCCACAGCUCAUCCCUUGGAAGGCACUAGCUUGGGACCUCUAACCAAUAAUGACCACAUCACCAUGGAGAAGUUUGAUGUUGACAUUGCACUGAUAAUGCCAAAGAUAAAAGAGCACAUCUAUUCUACAGGUUGGAUUCAUUUAUAUUAUUUUGACCAUGUAGUAUCAAUUUACUGCAAAACUCAGAAAAUUUGAACACCAGAAAUAUUUCUGAAAUGCUCUUUUAAUUGCAAAAGAAAAAUAAUGCCAAUAAGGCAUUGAAAAAACAAAAUUAAACAGAAGCAGCAGAGGUGCAUAAGAUAGCUUUGUGGUGGUUUGCUUGGCCAAUACAUAACCAACAUGCAUAAAAUAUUUUCUAGGCUUUCCAUCAUUUUCUGAGUUUUACAGUUACUGGGGCCUUGUAUCAAUCCCACAUCAAAUAUUUUGUAGGAAAUUGUAUAAUACUUUAGAAUAGAGUUGUAACUGAGUACUCAAAUUAGCUUAUAUGAAUUAAUUUAAAGAAAAACCUUAUGGGUUUGACCUCCGGUUUUAUUGGCCUCUCUCAUUCAAACCUCCCCUCCCCCCCUCACCCUUCCUCGAUGAUCUAGCAGUAAAAUAAGACUGACAAUUGGAAUAAUGAUGUUGAUAAUAUAAUAAUAAUAAUAAUAAUAAUAAUAAUAAUAAUAAUAAUAAUAAUAAGAUUAGUAUUUAGCUGAGAGGUUAUUCUCACCAUAAUAGCUUCCUGGAAGGUUGUUUACCUCCUUGUCACCAUCCCAUUCAUUACAAUAUUGUGAAAAAUACGCCUUUCCAUAGGCGACUUUAUAUGUAGGAAAACUAUUUGUAUUAAAUUUGUAAAUAGGGGAUACAAAUAAUUUUUAAAUAAUUAUACUUUAUCCUUAAAUUGACAGACAUCUUAAACAAUCCUGUGGAGAUACUGAGGUAUGUCCAAAGCCAGCUUGUUUGAGGGAGGACUCUGGACGUGCUGGAUGAAUCGAGAUGUGAGGUGGGCAUUACCAAGUACAUACUGGUGGACAGAUUGCAUUUGCUGGAAACAGCCUUUGAUGAAAUUUCCGAUCUGGAAAAUCUGUUCCUUACUCUGGAAGUACAGUUUUAUGGGGAGGUAUGUUCUCAGCUGGUGUAGAUCAUAUGAAAGAUUUUGUUGAUCUAUGUAGAUGUCAUAAGAAUGAUUUGCCACUAGUUAUAAUAAUAUUUUAUUAAAAGCUAUAUAAUUUUUCUGUUUAACGUUUUGAGAUACAUGUAUCCUUAAUUCCCCAGGUUGCUGAAGAUUUUGGAGGGCCACGGAAAGAAUUCUUUUCCCUAUGCGUAAAAGCAAUAAAGGAAAAGUAUUUUGAUGAUGGCCUUCUGAACCACCAAGCAGAGGCAUAUUACUUAGUUGGAGUCAUAUUAGGUAUGUUGUUGUUUCAUUCAAGUCUGAAAAAUGAAUGACCUUUAUAGAAAUCUUAAUUUGAGAGACAGAACUUUCUUAUUUUGCUGUGACAUGCAUUAUGCUAGGCUCUUCUGUUUAAGCCUAAGAAGUGUUUCUAAAGCUGUGUAUGAGGUUUUUUUUCCCUCUGUUUCACAAUUCUGAGUUCAAAGUGGUUCCUUGCGCCACCCCCAUCUCCCAAACUUCUUAAAUGUAUAGUAAUAUUGGGUAUCAAAAGAGUGCUAUCAUGUGCACAGUGUAUCUAAGAAAAAAUAUAUUUGCUUGGAUGCUAGCAUUGAUCAUCAAUGAUUUUAUUGUAUUUCCUAUUAUGUACAGGACUCAGCAUUUUUCAAAAUGGAGUUUUGCCAAGAUUUAUUGGUGAAGAGAAUCUCCAAGAAAUAUUCUUCAGUCCUAAUCCCAACCAGUGUGCAGAGCAACUUAGGAAUGGAUUCUCCAAGCUAGGAAUUGUUCAGGUAUAUUUCAAUCAUAAUGUUAUUGCUCUUUGAAUGAAAGCAUUAUCAACAGAGGUACAACAGGACCAUUCAUGCGAUCUUUUUCUCUUACAGAUUGCGAAUGAGUUUCCCAUCUUUCUUCAUCUUUUACGCCCCAACCCCACCAGUGUCUUGACUUUGAAAAAGGUGACUCAUCUUCUUCAACCCGAGUUUAGUGUGGAGGGGUCUAACAGAAGGCAGUUUGAGGAUGCAGUGUACAGACAAUUUGUGAAGUAUUUGCGUAGGGCUGCAGGUAGCUUGUAACUUCACAGACAAAAGUUAUAAGUACAUUUGGGAAUGGGUUGAAAUCAUUAAUCAGGAACAGAUUGCCUUGUUGGAAUUAACAUUCCACUCUGUUUAUUGAAUAUCAUGAUACAUGUAUUCCCAUAGUGGUCUCUGCAAAGAAAAUGAUGCUAAGCAAAAAAAAAUGGAAUGCAAAGUAGGCAAAUUAUGUUGCACAUGUGGCUUUACCCAUUCGAACUGUUGAACAAACUGUUCAAAACGGUUUUUUUUCUUAUUAUUAUUACUUUUACUAUUUAUGUUGUGGUUGUUUAGGAUUGCUAAAGUUUGACCCAUUUCUAUUCUCUUGACAGCUGGACAAAGAGGGAAUGUUACCCUUUCACACAUUCUCCAGUUCGCAACUGGUGCAGAAGAAGAACCGGUUCUUGGGUUUUCCAUUCACCCCUCCAUUGUUUUUGUUGAUGCAGAAAAUGGUUUUGUUCCUACAGCCAACACAUGCAUUAAUUCCCUUAAGCUUGUGAGGCCCACAAUAAGUAAACCCCUACCAUCUGAGUAUGCUCUUUUCAAAGUUUUUGAUUAUGCAUUUCUAAACUCAUAUUUUGGUAACAUGUAAAUGAAAAUAAUGAUAUAAUGGCAUACAGAGGCAAUUUUACGUCAUGAAGUAGCACGUUGGGUUAAUGAAAGCCAUACAUAUUUUUUAUGCUCAGUUGUCCAUCGGACAUUAUUAUCUUUGUUGUGAAUUUCAUUUCCUUUGCUGUUAGGCAUAAUGGCUUUUAACAAAGGAAAAUAAAAUUUCAAUAAAAAAAUAGGACAUUAUAACUUUACUGGAAGCUAAAACCAGUGGUUUCUUACAUGUCAAACCCUCAACCAUUUUGUGUGAUGUGCUCUUUACCAUUUUCCUUAAUUGUGUUCUUUGUAAGAAAGGUUUUGAGAAGCCGUGGAAAGCAUUUGCAUUUAUUUAAAGAUUGGUUGAAAUGAGGGGGAACAAAACAAGAUCGAUAAUAUGGACUGACUGAUUUGUUUGUGAUGUUAUUGUUCU